AUGCCGUGGGGUGCCUUGGCGCUGCGCAGACCCGUGAAGUACAGCAGCAAAGAGGCCAACAAGACCUUGUUGCAGCUAACCGAGACCCUUCCCUCCCUUCACGCCAAGCUCACCACUGCAGACGUGGACGCCGUCACCAAGGCCCUGGAGGAGUUUGAGCUGAAGAAGGCGGCCGCCCGGGCGGUGACGGGGGUCCUGGCCUCCCACCCCAACAGCACCGACGUCCACAUCAUCAACCUCUCGCUCACCUUCCACGGGCAGGAGCUGCUGAGCGACACCAAGCUGGAGCUCAACUCUGGGCGGCGCUACGGCCUCAUCGGCUUGAACGGCACCGGAAAGUCCAUGUUGCUGUCUGCCAUUGGGAAGCGGGAAGUGCCUAUCCCGGAGCACAUAGACAUCUACCACCUGACGCGGGAGAUGCCGCCCAGCGAGAAGACGCCCCUGCAGUGCGUCAUGGAGGUGGACACAGAAAGGGCCAUGCUGGAGCGGGAAGCAGAGCGGCUUGCUCAUGAGGAUGCCGAGUGUGAGAAGCUGAUGGAGCUGUACGAGCGCCUGGAGGAGCUGGACGCUGACAAGGCCGAGAUGCGGGCCUCUCGGAUCCUCCACGGCCUGGGCUUCACCCCCCUCAUGCAGAGGAAGAAGCUGAAGGACUUCAGUGGGGGCUGGCGGAUGCGGGUGGCUCUGACGCUCUCGUUUUACUUCCCCUCCUGUGGGAAGAUCCCCCCGCCAGUCAUCAUGGUGCAGAACGUGAGCUUCCAGUACAGCAAGAAUGGGCCUUGGAUUUACACCAACCUGGAGUUUGGGAUAGAUCUGGACACGCGGGUGGCGCUGGUGGGACCCAACGGAGCCGGGAAGUCAACUCUACUCAAGCUCCUCACGGGCGAGCACUUGCAAGAGCAGCUGGACUUGGACCUUUCCCCUCUGGAGUACAUGAUGAAGUGCUAUCCGGAGAUCAAAGAGAAGGAGGAGAUGCGCAAGAUCAUUGGCCGCUACGGGCUGACGGGGAAGCAGCAGGUCAGCCCGAUCCGGAACCUGUCGGAUGGCCAGAAGUGCCGCGUGUGCUUUGCGUGGCUGGCCUGGCAGAGCCCCCAUAUGCUCUUCCUGGACGAGCCCACCAACCACCUGGACAUCGAGACCAUCGACGCCUUGGCCGACGCCAUCAACGACUUCGAGGGGGGCAUGAUGCUCGUCAGCCAUGACUUCCGGCUCAUCCAGCAGGUGGCUCAAGAGAUCUGGGUGUGCGAGAAGCAGGCGAUCACCAAGUGGCAGGGCGACAUCCUCUCCUACAAGGAACACCUGAAGUCCAAGCUGGUGGGGGAGGAGCCGCAGCUCACCAAGAGGACCCACAACAUGUGAGCGCAGCCGGGCCGGCCGGGGCCCACUCCGGAGACCAGGGCAGGCCUCUGGCCAGACCUGCCACUGGGGCAGGGACAGACUGCGGCUCCCGGUCCUCUCGGGGCCCCACCGCAGCCGCUUCUUCCAUCGUUCCUCACCGAGCCCUCCAGCCGUCUCCCCUCCGCUCGCCGUCCAGCUCCAGGGCUGCCCGUGCCCGACAGGUGCCCGUUCUCCAGGCCUCUGAGCCUCUCCUCUCCUCUCCCGUGUGUGUGUGCGUGUGAAACGGCCCACCCCACGCUUGCUGCUGCCCGGGCAGGCGCGCCUGGCCUUGCUGCUGCUGCUGCAGUCUCUGGACGGCACUGUCCUGGGGCCUCCGUUGGUUUUUAACAAGUAUUUAUCGGUAUAUUUGCCCUGAGGCAUGAUGAGUCAAUAAAGAUGGAGGGAAA